AUGUUCGCGGCUCCUCUGGACAGCGGUGACGCCAUCUUCGCCGAAAAGAAGGCGCACCUCGUCCGUCUCGGGCUAGACCACGCCCCCUUGUCACCCAGGGACUGCUUGCGGCGGGCUCGCGUGGUGUGCCUCCACAGCUCCGAUCUCUACCGCCUCCCGCUCGACGCGGACUUCGCCGCCCCCGUCAGCACAAGGAACGAGGCGGCGGCGCUGAGCCUCCUGGUGCAGCGCGCAGCGGCCGCGCAGGACCGCGCCGCGCUCGAGGCGCUCGCGCCCUACACCGACGCCUUCGCCGGCAUCUCCGCGGGCCCGAACAACGCACAUGAGUCAGGCGCGUCAUACCCCCCGGACUCCCCCAACGCAGCGCUGAUGGCGUGGGCGCGCGGCAGCGGCGUCGAGGCCGCGGUCGAGCCCGGCGCGUUCUCCGUCGGCGGGUGCGGCGCGAUGGCCUCCCGCGACCUCGCGGCGGGGGAUGUCGCGGUCUCACUCCCCCCUGACCUCAUCGUCGGGCCGCGGCUCGUCGAGCGGUCGCCCGUCGGACAGCUCCUCGCGGCGAUCCAGGCCAAGUGCGGCUUCGACGACGAGACCCGCGUUCUCCUGUUCAUACUCCUCGACAGCCACAACGACGACAUGUAUGGGGACUCUGGCAAUACAUCCCCCCUCCGCGCGUUCUGGACGUCCCUCCCGCGCGACAUGCGCACCGCCGCGGCCUUCUCCGCCCCCGCCCUCGCCGCCCUCCGCGACACCCCCGCCCUCGCCGACGCCCAGCGCGUCCGAGAGCGCUUACGUGUGCAGUAUGACGCGCUAUUCCCGUGGUUGACGGAGACGAUCCCGCAGGCGUUCCCGCCCGAGAUCGCGUCCUGGGACCGCUGGCUCUGGGCCGCGCAGCUCUGGAUGUCGUACGCGUUCGAGAUCGAGCACCCGGACGGCGUGCGCGAGCCCGCGCUGUUGCCAGUGGUGCAGCUGUUCAAUCACUCGCCCUGGCCGCACGCGACGCGGUACGGCAAGGCGGACCCCGCCACCGGCCGCGUGAUCGUGCCGCUGUUCCGCCCCGCGCGGAAGGGCGAGCAGGUGUUCCUCAGCUACGGCCCGCGCCCCGCGCGCAGCACGCUGGUCGGGUAUGGCUUCGUUGCGCGAGGCUUCAACCCGCACGACUGCUUCGCGGUGGCCCUGACGCCCCCGGACGACGCAGAGGACCGCGACGCGGCGCGCCGGCGCGCCCUGCUCGAGACGUUGGGGCUGGGGUUGGAUCACGUGUUGCCGGCUGAGGGCUGCGCGCUGCCGUGGCGGCUGCUGGCGUGCGCGCGCGUGCUGGUCGCGCGGCGGCCGGAGCUGGCCGCGAUCGAGGACGCGCGCUGCGAUCCGCGCCGCGAGAGCGCGGGGCACGUGGCGGAGGGGCUGGCGGGCCAGGCGGUGCGCAGCGUGCUGACGCAGCUGGCGCUGCCGUUCCAGGGCGCGGAGUUCCCGAGCGAGGAGGAGGAGCGCGCGAUGCCGUGGGACGAGGUCGCGUGCAAGCGGUACUGCGCCGCGCAGCGGGAGCUGCUCGAUCGCGCGCUGUUCGAGCUCAAGGCGCAUGAGCGGGGACAGAACGAGGUGGGCGCGAUGGCGGGCCCGUAG